GCUGAAAGAACUUAGGAAGCAGCUGGACGAGACAAGGGAAGAGUUGAAAAGACAGAAGACCCUGAAAGAAAUGUUUAUCAACCAGGGAAAAGAGACAAACAAAGAACUGGAGAGGCUGAAAGCAUACUGUGAUUCUAACACUCUCAGCACUGCAAAUAUUGCCGCUCAGGUGAGAGAUACCACCAGAGAUAAGAAGAAGAAAGACCUCCACAAACAUUAUGAGGAACUGCAAGUGGCUCACAUUAUCAGCCACGAGAAGUUCACAGCUGAGCUCCAGGCAGAGAAGGAGAAGAACCAGUCUCUCCAAGCAAAACUGGACACAACCAACGCUAUGCACAAUGACCUCAACAGAAUGUUUCAAAAUGAAGCCAACAAGGCCAAGGAGCGGGCUGACACCCUUCAGUGUGAACUGGAGAAGGAAUCCCAGCAAAGGAUGAUCCUUCAAAAGUCCUAUGAGGAGCUCCAAGAGACACACAGACACAGCAAGGAGACACUCUCUGCUCAGCUCCAGGUGGAGAAGGAAAACAAAACACUUCUCCAGCAAGAACUGGACAGAAUGAAAGUUUCAUAUCAGGAGGAACAGCUAAGGUAUGAAGCUGAGGUGACGUCCUCAGCUGAGCUUCAGGAGCAGAAGGAGAAAAACAAGCAUCUCCAAGAAGAACUGGAGAAGAUCAGUGUUUUAUACCAUGAGAUCAGCCAGAGGUAUGAAACAGAUGUUCUCACUGCCAGACAGCAAGCUGACACCCUUCAGUGUGAACUGGAGAAGGAAUCCCAGCAAAGGAUGAUCCUUCAAAAGUACUAUGAGGAGCUCCAAGAGACACACAGACACAGCAAGGAGACACUCACUGCUCAGCUCCAGGUGGAGAGGGAAAACAAAACACUUCUCCAGCAAGAACUGGACAGCAUGAAAGUUUCAUACCACGAGGAACACCUAAGGUAUGAAGCUGAGGUCGCCAGUGUCAGACAGCAGGCUGGUAACCUUCAGCGUGAGCUAGAGGAGAACCAACAGAAGACAGUCCUGCAAAGAGAAUAUGAGGAACUGAAAGCAGCACACAUCCACAGCCAGGAGACGUCCUCAGCUGAGCUUCAGGAGCAGAAGGAGAAAAACAAGCAUCUCCAAGAAGAACUGGAGAAGAUCAGUGUUUUAUACCAUGAGAUCAGCCAGAGGUAUGAAACAGAUGUUCUCACUGCCAGACAACAAGCUGACACCCUCCAGCGUGAGCUUGAGAAGGAGAGCCAACAGAAGACAGUUUUGCUAAAAGAAUAUGAGGAGCUGCAAGCAGCACACGUGCACGCCCAGGAGACAUCCUCAGCUGAGCUCCAGGGGCAGGAGGAGAAAAACAAGCAUCUCCAAGAAGAACUGGAGAAGAUCAGUGUUUUAUACCAUGAGAUCAGCCAGAGGUAUGAAACAGAUGUUCUCACUGCCAGACAGCAAGCUGACACCCUUCAGUGUGAACUGGAGAAGGAAUCCCAGCAAAGGAUGAUCCUUCAAAAGUACUAUGAGGAGCUCCAAGAGACACACAGACACAGCAAGGAGACACUCACUGCUCAGCUCCAGGUGGAGAGGGAAAACAAAACACUUCUCCAGCAAGAACUGGACAGCAUGAAAGUUUCAUACCACGAGGAACACCUAAGGUAUGAAGCUGAGGUCGCCAGUGUCAGACAGCAGGCUGGUAACCUUCAGCGUGAGCUAGAGGAGAACCAACAGAAGACAGUCCUGCAAAGAGAAUAUGAGGAACUGAAAGCAGCACACAUCCACAGCCAGGAGACGUCCUCAGCUGAGCUUCAGGAGCAGAAGGAGAAAAACAAGCAUCUCCAAGAAGAACUGGAGAAGAUCAGUGUUUUAUACCAUGAGAUCAGCCAGAGGUAUGAAACAGAUGUUCUCACUGCCAGACAGCAAGCUGACACCCUUCAGUGCCAGCUUGACAGAGAAAUUGAGGCACACACAGAAAGCCUUUCACAAAGUAGGAAAACAAUCAACCAGCUGAAGGCUGCCUUCUGUCAAAAGAUGGUGGAGGAGACCGACGACAUGUUGCAGACAGAGAGUCCUUAUGCGAGAGAGCUGGAGAAGCUGAAAGCUAAGCUCAAUGACCAGAUCUCACACAACCCAAACCCUUCCACUCUCGAGGCCGAGAGAACAGACGACCCGCCUCCAAGAAAUAUGGCCAAGCAGGAGGAGGAGCAUGAGGAUGAACCCCACCCUGCACCUGCUGUGGACACACCAAAAGAAGAUGAAGUUCCUGAGGAGCUGCAGAACAAUCAACAGGCAUCCACCUCCGAUGCAUCAGACCUUGAACAUCAGUCUCCAACAGACCCGCCUCCAAGAACUAUGACCACGCAGGAGGAGAAUUGUGAGGAUGAGCCCUGCCAUUCACCUGCAGUGGACACACCGAAAGAAGCCGAAGUCCCUGAGGAGCCGCCGAACAAUCAACAGGCGUCCACCUCUGAUGCACCAGACCUUGAACACCAGGAGGAGGCUGAGAUCUCCGAGGAGGCUCCCCAACCAAAGACGCCUUCCUUCUGGAAAAGAACACGUCACCUUCUCGGCUUGAGGAAACCACAAAAGUGGAAAAAUAAGAACUAGGACUGCCAGAAACACCAUCAUCCACCAACACCAAAAUAAAACCAAACAGUGCCAUUCUUUGGACCCUUUCCACAGAAGAUAUUUUGGCUUGUCAUAGCGUGACAAGACAAAAUGUCUACAGUGAAAGGGUUCUGUGUAACAUAGGGACUGACAGUAGGGUUUUCCCCGGGUGCUCCGGGUUCCUCCCACAAAUCCAAAAUCUUCCAGAAAAAUGGUUGAUAAAUGGAUUUUAAAAAAAAAAACACACACACACACACAACACACACAUGCACAUAUGUGCAUAUAAAAUAAAAUAAAAUAAAAUAAAA